AUGUCGACCGCCGAGCUCGCUUCUUCCUACGCGGCCCUCAUCCUCGCCGAUGAUGGUGUCGAGAUCACUGCCGACAAGCUCCAGACCCUGAUCAAGGCUGCCAAGAUCGAGGACGUUGAGCCCAUCUGGACCUCUCUGUUCGCCAAGGCUCUUGAGGGCAAGGACGUCAAGGACCUGCUCUCCAACGUCGGCUCCGGUGGUGGCGCUGCCGCCCCCGCUGCCGGUGGUGCUGCCGCUGCUGGCGGUGCUGCUGAGGCUGCCGCUGAGGAGGCACCGAAGGAGGAGGACAAGGAGGAGUCCGACGACGACAUGGGAUUCGGUCUCUUCGACUAA